UUUGUCUUAGGAUGUAAAUAGCUACGUUUUCCGUUCAGAAAUUGUCUUUGAAUGUAUGUACCUGUAAUUUUCGUUUGGAAUUUGCCUUUGAAUAAAGUUUAGAUGACUUGACGGAUUUGUAGUGAUUUGUAGUUAAAAUGUGUUUUCCUUCUUCCCCAGAAUUACAGUUUGUGCAUUGAGAAAGUUUGAGUUCUCUGAGUUGGAUGUAUAUACCUGUGAUUUCCAUUGGAAAUUUGUCUUGGAAUGAAAAAAGUUUGUAUUUUUGCUCCGAGUUUAUAUCUCUUGGGGGAUUUGUAGUGCUUGUUUUGUCAAUGUAUUGCGAUCGAUUGUCAAUUUUAUAAAUUGAUUAUUUAUUCAGAGUUUUAUAUUCCAUAUGAAAAAUUUUCCAUAGUUGUCAGAUCAUCGAGACUAAGGAAAAUUUUCAGAAAUAAGAUGGCUUUAUUAUCCAAUGGCUUAUUUGAGAGGGCUGUAGGAACAAAGUAUUGGGGGAUCCAAUAUAUAAAGCGUUAGUAGGUCUCUAUUGCUGAAGAUGAUAUACUUCUAGCUAACUUUGAGUUUAGGCUCAUCAAUUUAAUCCGGAUCAUCAUCUGUGAACCAGAGGAUCCAUGGCUAAAAAAAGGCGGCAAUGUAUCACAUAAAACUCUUGUAGUCUUGUACUUGUUACGAUGAAGCAAUUCAGACCAAUGAACAAGCUAAAAAAGCUUGCUCUAAAGGUUCGAGUUCUCAGAAUUCACAAAAUUAGAUACCAACUACUGAUGUGGCUGAGCUUGUCUUUGUUUCAAUGAUAUUAUGAAUUACUUUAUGUCACUCAUACUGAGGAUUGUGAUUUCAUUGUGGAUUCUAAUUUGACCUAAUCAAGUUUGCAUAUAGCACAAAUCUAUGGAACCAAUUCUGUUGAAGCCCAAGACAUGAGGUUGGCCUAUUUUGCAUAUUUAGGUUGAGUUUAUUUGUCAUGUUGAGUGAAGACUGAUAGAAAACAGUUCACUUUUGAUGUCCUAAGAUAUGGGUUUCGGCAAUGAAAAAAGUGAUAAAGAAAGGCAGGCAACCUACCUUUUUGAGGCCAACAAGGCAAUAUUGGACUCACUAGGCAUCCUUGGUAUAGUAGUAUAUGUUUUCUAUAGCUUACAUUUUUGGGUUGCUUGAAGGUUAUUGCACAAAAUGUUUCAGAAGAAGAAAUCAAGGGCUUGAAACAAACGUUCAAAAGCAUGGAUACCGAUGGGAGUGGCUCAAUCACAUACGAUGAACUCAAAGCCGGAUUGACUAAGCUGGGCUCAAAGCUUACUAAAUCAGAAAUAACGGCGCUUAUGGAUGCUAUUAUGGAUUGACUAGGCUGAGGAGGGAAAGAUUUUAACUUUGUUGCGCUUAUGGAUUAGGAGGGAAAGAUUUAUUCUGUAAAGGAAGUUAGGCCUCCACAAAUCCCUGAGGAUCCUAAUCCUCUUAUUAAGAGUGCAAAAUUUCGAGCGCCAACUCAUAUUAUCUCUACAAAUUCCGAUGUCAAAGGUGAAAAGUCAUGAUACACUGGUAUCCUUAUGCCUUCCAUCGUUGAACAGGAGUAUGGAGUGGGUGAUGUUAUUUUCCUGUUGUGGUUCAAAUGCAGCCUCCCCCAUUACUGCACAAAGUUUAUUGAGCCGAGCUUUUUAUGACAACAGCCUCUCACAAGAGGUUAGCGGAGAUGCUCUUGGAGAGGAGUUUAAGGGCUAUGUUUUCAAGAUUAUGGGAGGAUGUGACAAGCAAGGAUUCCCCAUGAAACAAGGAGUGUUAACUACUGGUCGGCCCCGUCUCUUGCUCCAAAGAGGGACUCCAUGCUUUCAUGGACAUGGAAGGCGCACCGGAGAGAGGAGGAGGAAGUCUGUUCGUGGGUGCAUUGUGAGCCCAGACCUUUCUGUUCUGAACUUGGUUAUUGUGAAGAAAGGUGAGAGCAAACUUUCCGGCUUGACUGACACUAACAAACCAAGGUUGAGGGGUCCUAAGAGGGCAUAAAAAAUUUGUAAACUCUUCAGGCUCUCCGAGGAAGACGAUGUUCGAAACUACGUGAACACAUACCGCUGGACGUUCACAAACAAAGCUGGUAGGUUUAAUGUUUUUUAUAAUGUUAGAAGUUCGAAGUGAUUCAUUUGGCAAUAGAGUUCGUUUUUCCUGUAUUUUCAAGAACCAAACUAUGGUGUUGUGAUGUUUUGUUGUUUUUACCCGCAUUUUGCAGAUGGACCUUUACUGUGGUUUUAGACCAGAUGGAUCAACAUGGGCCAUGGGCUAGAUUAUUUUCUAUUUUGCUAUGAAAAGUUCUCUUUCCAAGUACUUUUCAAUCCAGCAAACUAUCUACUCUAUAUGCAAAGUACCAUCACUAAAUAGGUUGCGCAAUGUGUGCUUUUCCUAUCUAUCACCACUCACCACUGCAAACUCUACAAGUCUUAUGCUCCUUCACCAUCUAUGGAUAAAGUGCAGACUAUGUAGAACGUAUGUAAAUUAUCUAAACUUUUGCUACUUUGAUAAAUCUACGUAAUAUAUCUUCCUACCUAUUUUCAUGUUCUAUUGCUUCCAGCUCUGAAAUUACAAAUAGGACAUAUCUAGCCUAUAUAAAAACUUGUUCCCUUCA